AUGUCAGGAAGAAAGGAGACUGUUUUAGAUUUGGCUAAGUUUGUGGAUAAGGGUGUGCAAGUUAAGCUCACCGGUGGUAGACAAGUUACUGGAACUCUUAAGGGCUACGAUCAAUUGCUUAACCUUGUUCUUGAUGGGGCAGUUGAGUCUGUGCGAGAUCAUGAUGAUCCUUUGAAGACUACUGACCAGACAAGACGCCUUGGUUUAAUUGUUUGCCGUGGAACUGCGGUGAUGCUCGUCUCACCAACGGAUGGCACUGAAGAAAUCGCUAACCCGUUCGUUGAACCAGAAGCUGUCUAAAGAGUUUCUUAUCACUCUUCCAAAGAUGAUCUCUCUCUCUCUUCUCUGUUAGUUUUAUUUUUAACUUGAGGGGUUUUUAGAGAGUAUUAUGCAUCUGAAUAUCUACUAUGACGUUGGAACAAUUGUUUUAAUAUAUCUAAGAUAAAACGUCACUGGCUCUUUCG